ACGGGGGCGGGGCGCCAGCGCAAGGCGCGAAACCCUGGGCCUCUGGCCUUCGCCUCUACAUCUUCCCGGCGCCCGCUGAGGAGUCGGCUCCCUCAGUUAUAAGAGGAAGACAAAGGCUUUGGUUCAUCAGUAAUCCAUUCACAAAAGAACAUAUCAACCGCUGGUUGAAUUUCCAUCAAAAGGGUUCAGCAGAGAAUGGAGAAGAAGAUUGACUCCAGGUCUUUUAGGGGUGGUGUGGUUAAGAAUCCUUGUUCUCCGAAGGCACUGCCCCUCAAAAAGUCUGCUGCCCUCUCUGCGAUCCAGAGGGAGUUACCUAGAAGCUGUCAUCCUCUAUAUUCUCAUGCCUCACAAAAUUGGGUUCAACACCGAUUAAGAGAACUGCGCAGCAGGUGUGUGGCCAGAAAGUUCUUGUAUUUGUGGAUUCGAAUGACUUUUGGAAGAGUAACUCCCUCCAGAGCCAGGUUUUUCCAUGAGCGGAGAAUUCUACAGAAGGUCUUUGGAGAGUGGAGGGAAGAAUGGUGGGUCUCCCAGAGGGAGUGGAAACUCUGUCUUCGAGCUGACUGCCAUUACAGAUACUACUUAUACAACCUGAUAUUCCAGAACUGGAAGACCUUCGUGCAGCAGAGACGGCAGAUGAGGAAGGGGCUCCACAGAGCUGAGCGUCAUGCUAGAAAGCAGAAGAUGCGCCAAGCCUGGAAGUCCUGGCUGAUAUACAUGGUUGCUCGUAGGACCAAACUUCACAUGCAGACCACUGCUCUAGAGUUCAGGCGGUGGAGCGUCUUACGUUUCUGGUGGAGCAAGUGGAGGUGGCAACUAGCACAAGCCCAAGCUGACCGUGCUCUCCACACAGCAGCUGUGAAGCAUAGAGCCCAGAGUCUCCAGCUGCAGGCAUGGUCACGAUGGCAAGAGCAGCUCCUAAAUAGCCAGCAGGAAAGAGGGAAGGUGGUCACUGCUGUGCGACACCAUCAGUGCUGUCAGAAGCAGAGAUCUUUGAAGGCUUGGCUUCAGUACCUCCACAUCUGCAGGGUAAAGAGAUGGCAGAACGAAAUGGCUGCACAAUUCCAUCGUGUCACUGUGCUCCAGUUACAUUUCUGUGACUGGCAGUGGGCCUGGGAGUGGAGGCAGAGCUUGUUUGCCCACCAGGCCUUGGUGGAGAAACUGGCCCAGAAGAUGGCCCUGCGGAGGGCCUUUGCACACUGGAAGCACUACAUGCUGCUGCAGGCAGAAGGGGCUGCCCAGCAUGCAGCGGCAGAAGAACACCACCGGCACUACCUCCUGCAUUCUUGCUUCAGAGCCUUAAAAGAUAAUGUGACCCAGGCACGUCUCUGGCGAAUAAGAAGGAACCUUGCUCACCAGCUGCGUGAUACUACGCUGCUUCGUAGGUUCUGGAACCUCUGGCAGUGUCAACUUGAGCUGAGGGAAGAGAGAAUGCAGCCUUCCUCACUGCAUGCAGCCUGGACCCACUACAGGAUGACAGUCCUACGCAAGUGUGUCAGGGUGUGGUUACGAUAUGUGCGCCAGAGAAGAUGCCAGCAGCUACUGCGGGCCAGAGCAGAUGGCCAUUUCCAGCAAAGAGCACUGCCUGCCGCCUUCCAUAUGUGGUACAGACUUUGGCGAUGGCGCCAGCGCAGUCGAGUCCUGCACACAAGAGCAGUGCGUUUUCACAGGGAAACAUUAGAGAAGCAAGUAUUUGCUAUCUGGCAGCAGAAGAUGUCUCAACAUCGAGAAAACCGCUUGGCCGAGAGAAUGGCUAUACUGCAGGCAGAGCAGCAGGUUUUGCGGAGGUCCUGGUUCAUGUGGCACCAGCAGGCAGCAGCAUGUCACCAAGAGCGGGAGCGGCAAACCAUGGCCUGUGCUCACCACCACAGCAGGCUGCUCAGGAAGGCUUUCUGCGUCUGGAGAGAGAGUGCCCAAGGAUUGAGAACAGAGAGGAUGGGCAGGACACUGGCUGCACGCUUCCACUCAGCAAGGCUCCUGCGUUGGUCCUGGAGCAUGUGGAGCAAGUGCCUGGCUCUGAGGACAGAAGAGCAGCGAAAGCUGAGGCGGGCGGCUCUUCACAGUCAGCACACCCUGCUUCACAGGACUCUGCAGAAGUGGCUGACUUACCAGGACAGGGUGAGGAAUGUGCUACAGGAGGUGGCAGCCAGGGAGAGGUGGCACAACAGGCAGCUGCUGAGGUGGGCAUUACAUCGUUGGAGGGAAAACACCAUGGCCCGUUUGGAUAUGGCCAAAAAAACCUUCCAAGCAAGAGCCCAGUACAACAGGACCCUGUGCUCCAAGGUUCUGGUGCAGUGGCAGGAGGUUACAUCAAUGCAGAUAUAUUACCGAGAAAAGGAGGCAACUGCCCUCAGGGAGGCCCGGAAAGCACUGGCCAGGGUUGUCAGCUACUUUAAGUCUGCUUCAGGUCGGCUCCGUGACUGGUUUCAGCGCUGGCAGUUGUGCAGCCAGAGGGAGGCCCAGCAGAGAUUCCAGCUGGAAAGGGCAGCUCAGCAUCACCGCCAGCAGCUGCUGAAGGGAGGGAUGGCUCGAUGGAAGGCGUACCAUCUGCAGUGUGUCAUGAAAAAGCUCCUUCAGAGGCGAGCUGCCCAACUCCUGGUCCAGAGACUCUGUCAGGCCUGCUUCUGCCAGUGGAGGAAGCAGCUGGCAGCCAGGAAGCAAGAGCAGUGGAGUACAGCCCGGGCCCUAUGGUUCUGGGCCUUCUCACUGCAGGCAAAGGUAUGGACUGCAUGGUUGGGAUUCAUACUUGAGAGGAGGAGGAAGAAGGCACGGCAGGAACGAGCUGUGCAAGCCUACCACCAGCAGCUCCUGCAGGAGGGUGCCACACGGCUUCUGCGCUUUGCAACUGGUGUGAAGGCCUUCCGGCAGCAGCUACAGGCCCGGCAGGAAGUCCAGGCAGCCCACAGCCUCCACUGUGCAGUCCGCCGCUGUGCUGAGCUCUGGAAAAAGAAAGUACUUGGUCCAGGCAGGAUGUCUCAGACACCAGCACCCAUCACAUUCAGCAGAAGAGUGACAUUUAAGGAUUCCUUUCUCUCUGGAGUUACUGGUGAGGCUAGGGACACCACCCUGGAGACUAAGAAGUUGCAAGCUCCUCCGUCUCAGGGAACCCUGGGCAGCUUGGCAGUAGCUGCUGGAGAGCCCUGCCUCCUAACGCUCAAUGAGGCCCGCUUAUCAAGGAAACAGCCACGACGUCCAUCCUUCCUGCUCGACCGUUUGCGGAGCCAGAGGUCCCCAGGCAGGUGCACCCUUGGGGAACAGCAGUUAGAGAGGCCUCUGGAAAAUGGUCAAAGCAUGGCUCCACCAGGAGGCCUUUCGCUGACGAGGCCCUUCUUACCCAUGGUCCUGCCAAAUGCCCCUGGUUCAAAGCUGCUCCCUACUUCAAGUCCAGGCCCGGAGCUGUUGCCUCCGUCUUCCUUCAUGCCCCAUGGGGUGGGAGACACUGCCAGGGUGUCAGCAAAGCCCACCAUUCCUAGACCUCAACCCGCCCUAACCAGAGGGCCCAAGCCCCAUCUCUUCCUCCCUGGGGAUUUCACAAGCACUGGGACUGGACCUGGUUAUGGUUCUGAGGUUGCAGGCCACACAGAGCUUGAGGCUGAGCUGGAGGGGAUCCAGCAGCAGUUACAGCACUACCAGACCACCAAGCAGAACCUUCGGUCGUGCCAGCGACAAGCCAACAGCCUGCGUAGGUGGCUGGAGCUAAGCCAGGAAGAGCCCAGGCCGGAGGACUGGCAUCUAGAACAGCAAGUGAAAAAAGAACUAGAAGAGGUGGAACUACAGAUCCAGCAGUUGGCUGAGGAGCUCCAGGCCCAGCGCCAGCCCAUUGGUACAUGCAUUGCUCGUGUUCGGGCCCUGAGACAGGCUCUGUGCUAGUGGGCUUGCCCCUGGGGAACAAGUGCUGACCUUCACAAGGCCAUAGGACACCCUCACCCCCAUUCAGUAACAGAACACAAAGUUACAAUGGUUUGGGGAUUUUUUUUUUUUAUUUCAA